CAUCGCUUUUGAUUUGUUCUACAUUUGUGAUCUAGCCAGAGUUCCUUUACAGACUUUGCAUUGGUCUUUGUGCCCAGCGGUCAACUCGCUUCCACCACCUGUGAAGUCUAGGGAAGCCAUGACGCUCGAGAAGAAUGGCCAGAGGGGCACAGCGGGCAGCGGCGACACCUCGGCCGAAGACGACGCGGACGAGUCGGUCCCGUCGCACACGCUGGCCAAGUCGAGCAGCACGCCGGCCGUACCGCUGCCGGGUGAGGAGAACCCGCUGUUCGAGCUCGACAAGCGCGUGCCGCCCACGGCCCGCGUCACAGCCACCGGCGACUCGCACCACGCUGUCAGGAAGGCGCACACUGUCCCCAAGCACAGGCACAUGACGCAUAAUCGACAAGCCAGCCGCAACGUGGAACUCAGCAAACCGCCGACGGUCUUCAAGAACGCCACCGGCGCCACGACCAAGAACACUCGAAUCCUGGCGUGCUUUAUAUCUGGCGAUACCCCGACAAGCAUGGACGCUUUGCCACCACCCGGAAUUUGUGAUUACCUCAUCUAUACGCGCGCCGGCUAUGCCAGAGGUCGCCUUCGUUUCGCCUACCCGUCCACGUUCAAGAAGUUUCGCGAGCAGGCUCGCGUCGCCCAGUCGACCAGCGUUCGCAGUGGCUGGGGCGUUGCGCUGAACGCGGCCGAAGCGAUGUCGGGCCAGAGCGGCGUCUGGGGCGAGCACCGGCAAGAGUUCGGGCUGCAAGUGCAGCGGCUGCUCGUCGCCUACGGCAUCUCCUGUUUUGGCCUAGCCGACGUCCACACCACGGCGGCCGACUUCAUCGAUACUGCCAACGACUACCUGGACUUCUAUAAGGUGUGCCGCCGUACGACAACGAUGCAGGGGACGUGCCGAUGGAUACUGUGA